AUGCGCGCGGGUUCGGAGCCCCAGCGGCCGCCGUGUUCAUCCUCGGGGGAUCGUGUCGGGGCCUGUGUCGCGGUGUGUGCCCAGGGCUCCAGCCAGUGCCCAGCCCCGCUGGGAGCCCCGGCCAGCACCACGGACGGCACCCAGGAAGCCCGAGUUCCCCUGGACGGGGCCUUCUGGAUCCCGAGGCCCCCGGCGGGUUCGCCCAAGGGCUGCUUCGCCUGCGUGUCCAAGCCCCCCGCCCUGCAGGCUCCAGUGGCCCCCGGGCCUGAGCCCUCAGCCUCACCCCCCAUGGCACCCACCCUGUUCCCCAUGGAGUCUAAGAGCAGCAGGACAGACAGCGUGCGGGCCACCAGCGCCCCCCAGGCCUGCAAGCACCUAGCAGAGAAGAAGACCAUGACGAACCCCACGGCAGUCAUCGAGGUCUAUCCCGACACCGCGGAGGUGAACGACUACUACCUGUGGUCCAUCUUCAACUUCGUCUACCUCAACUUCUGCUGCCUGGGUUUCAUCGCCCUGGCCUACUCCCUCAAAGUUCGGGACAAGAAACUUCUCAACGACCUGAACGGGGCAGUGGAGGACGCCAAGACUGCUCGGCUGUUCAACAUCACCAGCUCUGCCCUGGCGGCCUCCUGCAUCAUCCUCGUCUUCAUCUUCCUGCGGUACCCGCUCACCGACUACUGAGGCCCCGACAGGCACCGCCAGCCUGGAGAUGAAGCUCUGAGAUGGGUUCAUUUCGUGGCUGAGGAAAGCCGGAUGCCCUGCGGUGGGGGCGGAGCCGGAGCCCCCCUGCAGCUGGGAACCCGGCAGCGAGGCAGGGGGACAGUGAGUUCCGUGCCAGCCCACCCUCUCUGCCUCCCGGCCCUCCUCCUGUUUCGGGGGGGCCCGUGGGUUUCUUCCUGUGCUGCUGCACCUUGGCUUCCAGUGGCUGCCCUCCCUGCCUGCCUGUGCCCCCGCCCAGGCUCCUGGGGCCCCUCAGACCUGACACC